GAUAAACUGCUGAAUAACUGAACACACAAGUAGACACUUUCAGUAACUGGCAAAUCCCAGUGAUGACUCCUGCAGUUUUGAUUUAACGUACACUGGACUCUCCUGAAACAUGGUCAAACUGGCCCAAGUCUUGACAUAAACUUAUAUUGGAGCUUAACAUUUUUCAAAGUAUAAUCUAUUUGCAUUGGUGAAAAUGGACAGCGGGCUUGCUGGUGCUGGAAAACAGCUUUACCAUGUGGAGGUCCAUAUUGAUGAGCAUCAACCUUCUAGAGGAAUCCUGGAUCUUCUGAGCAGACUUCGCCCUCAAUGGAAGGCACAAGACAUUCAGAUGAAGACAUUCACAGAUGGCAUCACCAACCAGCUGAUUGGCUGCUAUGUGGGAUCGUUACAGGAGCCUGGUUGUGUUUUGGUGCGACUGUAUGGCAAAAUGACAGAGCUCUAUGUGAACAGGGACCAUGAGGUGGAGAUGUUUCAGAUCCUCCAUGCCCACAGAUGUGGUCCUGAGAUUUACUGCAGCUUCCAGAACGGCAUCUGCUACGAGUUUGUUAGAGGAACCGUGCUGGAUGAUAAGCUGCUCCGGCAGCCGUCCAUCUACAGGCUGAUCGCUGCAGAGAUGGGGAAAAUCCAUUCGAUCCAGCCAAAAUCUGGUCUGCCAGCUGAACCCGUACUGUGGACAAAAAUGUCUAAUUUUCUCAAACUAGUGCAGAGCAGUGUCAGCGGCAGUCCAGCUGAGCAGUGGUGCAUGAACAGUUCUGCAGAUCUACAAGAGGUGCCCAGCUCUGAGACUUUAUCACUGGAAAUGGAGUCACUGAAGAGACACCUCUCUCAGAUUGACUCGCCGACUGUCCUCUGCCACAAUGACCUCCUGACAAAGAACAUCAUCUACAACCAAAAAGAGGGAAUGGUGAAAUUCAUUGACUACGAGUAUGCUGAUUAUAACUACCAGGCUUUCGAUAUCGGCAACCACUUCAAUGAAUUUGCCGGUGUAAAUGAUGUAAACUACAGCCUCUACCCGAGCUGGGAGCUGCAGAAGGACUGGCUGACGGCCUAUCUGGAGAGUUACAAGCACAGCACAGGACAUGAGGUCACAGUCACAGAGGCAGAAGUUACGCAGCUCUACAUUCAAGUCUGCAAAUUCUCUCUUGCAUCCAACUUCUUCUGGGGUCUUUGGGCCAUCCUGCAAUCACGCUACUCCUCGAUUGACUUUGACUUCCAAAGAUAUGCCCUUGCGCGACUCAACUUCUAUUUUGAGAAGAAGGAGGAAUAUUUUGGACUGGCAAUGAAUUAAUUAAUGCCUCUACAUUUGUUGAAAAGUUUCUUCUCAUAUCACGCAGUGAUGUUUCAGAUAUGUUACUUUGUUGCAUGGUGGAAUUGGAAAAGCAUAGAAUAACAUUAUAAAGCCUUAUAAAAGUGCUCCCCAUUGUUUGUUAUUUCAGGCUAUAUAGUGUGAGUUAAUAUGUUUUGCUAUCACUGUGAUUUUUAAAAUAUUUGUUUCACCACAGUCAGUAUGCCGAUAAGCCUAUUUGGCAAAUUGAGAAGAAGCUCGUGCCAGAAAUGAAUUAAUUGUUCCCACAUUCAGCCGAGUCACAUAAAGCCACAAAAACUGAACUUGAUCAUAAAACACAUAAGAGGGUUACUUGCAGGCUUAUUCAGUGUGUACCACAGUUGUGAUGGAAAACAAGUUUUCAUUUCAACUUAUUUACUGUACCAAGGGCAUUAUUUUUAAUGUUUCUCUUUCAGAAUAACUUGCUGUAAAACUUUUCUGUGUGACUUACAGGAUCUUCAUUAAUG